AUGGCGCCCGGCAUGGCAGCACAGAUGGGCGCCACGUGGUCGCCGCUCCAUGCUUCAGGCUUCCACGACCUGUCACCACGUAUCCCCCAGGACAAGACCCUGGGAGAAUUCUCCGAGCUCCCUGGGAGCUAUGAGGGCAAUUAUAGGCCCGCCCGGGUUGGACUUGUGCGGGUGCUCGAGUCUGGCAAGAUGCGGAAUCCGCUCCAGAUGCAGCAGUCGCAGACGGACUGGGCGGCACGGCGGCCGCUGAGUGCAUCCAAAGCCAACCGACUGUCGCGCGGCGGGCUCCCUUCGAGUCCUGGGCGGGGUGGCCAACUCAGCAGCCGGGGACUUAAGCCCCACGACCAUGCCGACAAGGUCGCAGCCAGCACCAGCACUGCUGCGGUCGGUGCCGGCGUCACUCAGCGACCACCUGGCAUGCUCCAGCCGCAGAGGAUAGAGCUGCCCAGCUACUUGAACACGCCUGCGCGGCGUCCCGAUGGUGAGCCGCUGCUUCCAGAGGAACGCACGGUAACCCUGAGAAAGAUGAAGGACUUCGAGAUGUUGACCUUUGCAUGCCGGCGGGCGUCGAAGUUGCGUGAAGAGGGCCGCGCUCACUUCUCGCUCGGCGUCCUUCGGGACAACUUGGGCCAGUACCAGAAGGCCAUCGACGCCUACACUCAGUUCCUGCGCGUUUGCAAGGAGCUGCUGAAUUGA